CUGCCUAACAGUUAACUAAAUGCUCACUGUGCAGGGACUAAAAUACAGCUCCUCUACAUACACUUUAGUUUCUAAAGCUUUAUAUCACCAUCUGGUGGUUGUAGGGCAUGUGGUGUUCUGAAAGCUGACCAGGAGUCAUUUUUACCUGUUUUAAACCAUUGUUGGGAUCUUCAGUGAGUGCUAAAUACUACCCACAUUGUCAGCUGAAGCUGUAGAACAAAUCCCAAAUACUCAGUCAAGAUGUUACAACCUCUACAGUCCCUUAUUAUGGCCACUGGAAGUCAUGUUGGGAGUAACACAGAAGUCCACAGGCUUAAGCAGGCCCAGACCCAUGAACUUCUCAAACGUAUGGUUUGUUCUGGAGAUGAGAAGAACAUGAGGGAAGUGGAUUAUUUACUCAAGGACGAAUCAGAUCAAGAGAGAUUUCCAGUGGGCCAUUGUGUGCACAAAUACAGCAAAGCAAAACAAGUGGUGGUUAGCAAGAAGAAAACGCAUCUCUUCAGGGUUGGAUCAGGAAUAUGUCGGAGAUCAAUCAUUGCAUGCAAGACGUCUGACAUGGCAAACAAAGAGAAUGAACUGACCUGUGCUGAUGAUGUGCAGGCUAUUCUUUAUAGUGACAAUUGUGGGUUCCCUGUGAACUUAAUAGAGACCUCAAAAAUGGCAGGAGCUGGCUCCAAGUAUAGUGAUUAUUUUACUGAGGUGAGUUAUUUUCAGUGAUAGCGCUUGAAUUUGGUCUAGAGUUUAAUAUACCAUUUGAUGUUGUUACCCCAACCUUGUUGUUUUUAUUCUAUGUUGGUGAUGGUGGUAAGUGGUGAUCUGGAAAAUUCCUGUGGUUAUUCUCAGGUGGUUUUCACACUGGGCACAUUUGCUGUGGUCUGAAUCUGAGCAUGAUCGUUCUUCUGCAGAACACAAAGACUUAUUGAUGAAUAUCUCAGCUCUGUAGGUUCUCACAAUGCAAUUGAAUGGUGAUCAGACCUUUUUAGCUCCAAAAAUCGCAUAAAGGAAACCGAAGUAAUCCAUAAGACUUGUGUGGUUAAAGCCAUAUCUUAAGAAGCGAUAUAAUAGGGGCCUGGGUAGCUCAGAGAGUAAAGAUGCUGACUACCACCCCUGGAGUUGUGAGUUUGAAUCCAGGAUGUGUUGAGUGACUCCAGUCAGGCUUCCUAAGCAACCAAAUUAGCCCGGUUGCUAGGGAGGGUAGAGUCACAUGGGCUAACCUCCUCUUGGUCGCUAUAAUGUGUGGUUCUCGCUCCUGUUGGUGUGCGGGGUGAGUUGUGCGUGGAUGACGUGGAGAAUAGCGUGGG